AUGAACUGCGAAUCCUCCUGGCGGUGGGUCGGAAGCCGCAGCGCCGGCGCCGCCACCUCCGGAGGGGCGUCGUGUCGGAGCUGUUUCCUCGUCGUUUAUGGCCUCUCUCGCAGCAACGUCAGGCGGGGUGUCGUUUGUACGAGCGUACCUCGGGAUGUGGCCGGACCCGAAGACAGGCAAAGGACCUGGGCCGAUCCUGAGGAAGAGAAGAGAGAGGGGAGGGGGAGAUGGGCGAGGCGGCAGGAACUCCAGCGCCGCUGGGUCGAGGUAGAAAAUUGGGGCUCCGAUGGCGGUAGAGAUCGAGGUAAUGCUUUCAGUACUCGGAUGCGGUACACAGGCCCUUUCUGGGUUCUCCGAGCAUCAAUUGCCGGGAGAAACGUUAAUUUUAUUUUUCGCGAUGUCCAUCACACUUUCGGUGCACUUGUAUUCAUCGGUAUGACGAGUAGGAUGUCUUUUCAAAUGGGAUGUCUUCCCUUCCCUUUGCGUCAUCAAGUUACUGCUUAGCAUUCAUCUGUCAUUACUGCCAAGAAUAAAUAAAAUAUCUAAAAUAUUGAAUGAGCUGGAUUUUCUUGCGAUUUUUAUGGAACGUUUUUAUCAGCCACCCAGUCCAAACUGAUGUUCCCUAUGGUGAGGCUGAUAUUAAAGAUCGUCUGAAUUUGGCUCCAAAAUUGGUUUUGAAUCGAGACUCUUUCGCGUUGCUACAAGUUUAGACCGUGUUCAGGUUGUCCGCCAAAGUUUCCGAAAGGACAGCUGCUAUCAUCAAACGACAUAUAACAGUAGUAAUCGGAAGACAGUCUCACUUUUCUGCUUGAACUUCAUGAGCCUAGACGGAGUAUAUUCUGAUGCAAUGAAAGAAGUCACUUUUAGGGCAGAGAUCCUGGUCAUUACGGAUUACUAUCAAACCCGACGUUACAGAAUGAAGAGGAAAAUUUCUAACAAGACAAUUAAUAUGCAUAGGUAACACAGCCAUUGAUGAUGGUUUUUACUGCAACAUAUCCAUAGGUUUAAAUGAUAUGGAAAAAAAAAAAAACUAAGAUGUCCUCUUCACAGUAAAUGGUAACAUUUACUAAGAUGUGAAAGUUUCGUUUCAUCUUUUGAGACUCGAACUCAAUCCUAAGAUCCUGGACUCCAUAUGUCGUCAUUAUCUUCUUACUUCGUUUUUAACCGCUCAAUAUUGCUUACUCCCUCCCCUAUUAUACAGCGGAUUUUGCAAUUGUGUCACACAACAUAUUGGGGGAUCAUAAUGCUUCAAAACACCGUGAUCUCUAUCCAAAUAUACCAUUUGAUUAUAUGAAGUGGGACAGGCGGAAAGAGCUCAUUUUCCAAGAUAUCUGUCGGUGGAAUGCUGAAAUAGUAUGCCUACAGGUGAGUUUGAGAAAAAUUUGUUAAUAGAACUUCCAUUAAUCUAUUUUUUAAAAUUAAUAAUUCCUUUAAAAUACAUUAUGGGCAUUAUCAAGGAGGUUGAUAGAUAUCAUGAUCUCCUAAACUAUAUGAGGAGCGAAGGCUAUGCUGGAACUUUUAAGGUAUAUGUCUUCUCCUAUUCAAUGCAAGCUUGUUCUCACACUUUCUCCUCGAAGCUGUGUAACGUAAAGAGAAUUGGAUCUUUCACAGAGACGAACUGGAGGGUCCACGGAUGGAUGUGCUAUAUUUUGGAGAGAGAAUGAGUAAGAAAAUAUUUAUUCAUCACAUUUUCACAUGGGUCAUGUCGUUUGUAUGAUAUAUUUUCUGACCCUGGAUCAAUAUUGUAGAUUCCACUUAUUAGAGGAAAAAAGCAUCGAAUUCAAAAGUUUCCAUCUUCGUGACAACAUAGCUCAGCUUUGCAUUUUUGAGGUAAAAAUGUUAAUUUGAUCCUUCAAUCAUGAAAUAUUUCCAUGAUCCUUUUAUAUUUUUUUUCGUUAUUUUUGUAGUUGAGUCCAACAAAUAUCUUCAUUUUUAUUUAAGACCGUAACUCAGAGGUACAUCUGGUGCUCCAACCGUAAGAAAUGGUUCUUGUUAAAACCAGUUUUAAAAUCACUCGAUCUGAACCGAAUAGCUCAGGGCAGGUUUGUUUACCAUGACAUCUUGACUUUGUGAGGGAAAAAAGAAAAGGAAUGAACCCAAAGCUUAUCUGAUCCACCCCAGGUUCACACUUUGAGGCCGAGAAGACCCACAUCAUGCCCUUGUUCAGAUCAUCUAGAAGUGUGGUCAGACCUUACCCUGUCAACAGUCAAAAUGACCAGAUCCUUGCUUCAUUACUAAAUGAAAUCUUGACGAAAGAGGGAUUCCCACCAUUGAAACGUUCAUCAGGUCGAUAUAAAUUUGGUACAGUAAUGUAUUAAAAACUAUGUUGUAGAAAAUAGUUACACGAACAGUUCCCAAGAAAUGGGCAUCCUUCUAGAAUGUAGAGACUAAUUGAAGCUACAUUUGAAUUUUUUUCUCUUCUUUUUUGUUGUAUAGCAGACGUAAUGAAUAUUUAUAAUUCCUUUCAUUAUAUACCUAUAUGUACGUUCUAAAUUUCAUUCCUUCCUAGGCAACCAAAAUCAUGUUCUCCAUACCAUAGUAUUACAUUGAGAGGUGUGUCUUGAGUACGGCAUAAGGGAGAGCGUCUCAUCCAAGUUAGUGUCAGUUGGUCAUCAUUCUACCACUGGAAUAGUGGAAUUAGUCACAUUCACACCCUAGCUUAUUUUCUCAUAUGCAGGUAGACGUGUCCCCCAGUCUGUUUAUCCCAUCUUUAAUUCGUACGCAAACUUCUUUUCAAUAUGUCACAAGUCUCUUGAUGUAUAGAUAUCACAGUAUGAAUGCUUCAGGCUCUCUUCAUCUUAUUUAUAAACUUUAGUGACUGAGGUCAAGAAAAUGCGCGUCAGGUGCAUCGUAGCAGUGAAUAGAAGAUGUUUCCCUCCAUAUAAAGUAAUCCUAAAAUGGAAUUGGUGUAGAUUUAUUUAUUUUUAAUUGAACAAUAAUGUAUUAAAUUAAGUGCAGCUUUUAUGCCAUUCGUUGUGCGUAAUAUCCAGCGAUACAUUAUUUCUCGUAUAAUAAUGUUGAAGAUGUUCUGCAAUGUAAGGUAGGCGUCUUGUAUUUGCUUAAGACGAAGAUAAUUACAUUUCUAUCGGAAACUUGUUUUCAUAUACUGAGAUGGAUGAUUUACGCAACAAAAGUAUGGAGAAGAUAUCCCUCUGUUAUUUCGGGUAAAGGAUACUUAUAUUUCCCUAUAAAACCCUGCUUUCACCAUUGAGGCAUUGAUGGGAAUACAUUUUUUGUCAACAAAAUAUUGAUAGUUUACAUAAAUAUGUAUUAAAAAAUAACCAUUGGAAAAUAUCUUGUUCUGGCACGUCAUUGGAUAUAGACUUCAAAGAUCGAUAGACAGAACUUGGCAAUGUCAAUUUGGUUGCAACUUACAAUGUGUUGAGUCUUCUGAGUUAUGGCUUGUCUGUUUAUGCUCAGAGCAUCUAUUGAACGAUAUACCAUCGUUGAAACUCCUGAUCUGUAACAAAAGUGAGAACUGAAGUCAACUUGCGUGAGUUGGCAUGAGACAGGUCAAUUAAUCGAACCAUGCUAAAACACAUUCAAAAACGUGCAUUGGCUAUACACGACUGAAUAUUUUUCGAUUCUGAUCUUCCUUCUCCUUGGUAGGUUGCUUACUAAUUUAACUAAAUAUUUUACUAAAAUUACAGUUCCAUAUGCAAUGCCUCCUUUUGUCUUAUUUAUUUUAUUGCAGUUAGACCCGUAAAGGAAAUACAAGAAGAUUCCUGGUUGGUAAUAUUCAUGUUCUCUUCAACCCAAACCGGGGAGAAAUAAAAUUAGGUCAGGUAUGUUUUCAUUUACACUUCGAUUCAAAGGUAUUUCAAUUACAAUAUCUUUCAAUGUCAGUUCUCAACUUGAUUGAGACGAUAAAUGUUGCUACUUUUGUAUCUGGAAUUCAUCUUGAAAAAUCAGUUAAUUACAGGUUCUUUUAAUUUCCUCAAAAUAGAUGAGACUAGAAAAAAAAACAUAUUUUCUGAACUUGAAAGUAAUUCCCCAAAGUUCAAUGUUAGUAGAAAAAAAAAUCAUGGUUAAAAUUCAUUUAAAAAAUUCACACAGAAUAUUUUUCUGACUUACCCAAAAAAAAAUGUCGAUUUUAAGAUUAAAAAUUAUCCAUUUCCAUUCAAUAUUUAGUCCUGUGGAUUGAGCUUGUCUGGCACUUGGGUCCUAGAAUAAUGAAACUAAUAAUAAUUACCUGUGUAAAUUAUAUUUUGUUAUUAAUGCGGCCUGAUCGAAGUGGUAUCGUAUAUAUUUUGUUAUUAAUGCCGAAGUGGUCUUGCAUAUCUUUGAGUAAAAUUUUGUUAGUCAAUAAUAGGGAAGAAAAAUUCAUACUGUUUUCAUGACUUAUUUUACAUAGUUAAUAAUAAGGAAAAAAAAUCGGUGACAGCAACAUCAACCCUUGGUUGCAUGCUUUCUAAGCACCUAAUUCAUAUUAAUAUUCUUCAUAGGCAUGUCAGCUUGGAGUGGUUUCGUAGACAUGCCUACAUAACAGAAAAGUUGGCUUUGUUCUUCUUAAUGAUAGUAUAGUAACCCAUUUUCUUAUAAGUUCUGAUGUAUUUUUUAUUAAUUAAUCAUUCAUCUACUCUCUUGAUAAACCGAUUUAAGAGAGAGAAAGAGAGAGGGCCAUAACUUCUUGUACGAACAAACACUAGAGAGAGAAUUAGCCUGUAAGAUCGUAUGCUCUUUUUUCUCUCUCUCUCACUUUAUCUGCACUAUCCUUGUAACACAUGGAUGUUUCCUCCUGGCUGCCACUUUCUCCCAUCUCAGAUUCGCAUCCUACUGCAAAACGCGCAUGCUUUGGCUCAGAAGAGGGGAGGCAUUCCAGUCGUGCUUGCUGGCGAUUUCAACAGCACACCACAGGUGGCGAAGUUUCCCAUAACCUGUGGUAGAAGAAAUUAAGAGUCUACGAUUAUUUCUCUCUCACACGCGCACACGUCCACCCAUUCCUGUUCCUCGAGUUGGGAAGAACUCAGUUGCCCAGCAAGGACAAUGCAAGAUUAAUAGCACAGUUUACUCAUUAGUUCGUCAAUUAGCCACCUGAUGCUCUGCAAAGAAAUCCUGAACUCACAGAUUCAAAAAUAUUUAUCGACCAUAUUUAAAUUCGGCAUUCCAUAAUCUUCUUCAUGUCCAUAAAUUAAUCACAUGACUCCAGCAGGGUAUAGCUCCGAAAAAUCUAAUUGCAGUUACCCUCUUUUAUCCAGAGUGCAGUUUACGAGUUCCUAUCGACAUCAGAGGUGAAACUUUUUUGACAUGCUGACCGCAUUGGAUUUCAUUCACCGGAUGAUCCAUGUAGAACAACAGAGCAUUGCAUAACUGGGUAUUGACAAGAUAGUUUUUUUUUUGUUUUUCCACUGUUUCUUUCAGCUGAAUUUAGCUGCCCACGAUAGAAAAUACCUAUCCGGACAAAAUAAGCAUCAUCCUCUAUCAGUCACCUCUACAAGGUUGGUAGAAAACUAUAUUUCGCAGAUUUUUCUUGGAUCACGGUCAGUUCCAUUUAUAAACCAAAGAUAAAUCCCAUAGUUCAUUCAUAAUGAGAAGAAUUUAUCCAUAGUUAAUGUUUUGCGGGUUACAAGUGCACCUGACCACAGAUGUAUGGAUUACCCUUGGACAAAUGAAGAGCUUAGAACCGCAACUGGUCACUGGGGAUGUGCACAGCUUGAGCAUUCCUUGAAGCUCCAGAGUGCCUACGCGAGUGUUAAGGUACUGUCAUAUCUCGAACCAUCCUCAAAAUAAUCAGCGUCAGAGCCCACUUUCGGACUGCCAGAUGAAAUCUUCAUCUCCUCAGGGGGCUUCAACGACGAGGGGACCCAAAGGAGAACCAUUGGCCACAACCUACCACUCGAAAUUUCUAGGAACAGUGGACUAUGUCUGGUAAGCCAAAAGUUUUCAAAGAUUCCUCAGAUCGUCCUUGAGAGAUCCAAGAUGAUGAAGAUCUCCCUUGUGCAGGUAUUCUUCUGGGCUUUCACCAUUGAGGGUUCUCGAUACGCUGUCACUUUCCGAUUUAAGGAAAAUCGAUGGGCUUCCAUGGGAAGUAAGAACUCACUUCUAGCUUGUUCAGCUUUCUGGUCCCCUUAUUCUAAGUUGCUUGGGGGUUAUAUAAUAGACGAGUAGAAGAUUCCCAGUUUUUAGGAGAGGAGAUGAUCUAUCGUCCUGAGAAAAUGAAUCUCGACAAGAAGCUGAGGGUUCUUUGACUCGCUACAUUAGAUUACUCGGGUUCAACAGAGGCAGAGAAGAUGGUGAUUUUCGUGUGUAUGUGUGUGUGAGAGAGAGACAGACAGAGAGGCAAGGUCACAGACACGUCUCUUUCCUAGAGAUCUUCCACUCUGGCGUUUUGCUCCUUCAAGCAACCGACCAAGAAUCAACUAAAUGGGUAAACUUUGAUGAACUCCAAACUUACUCAAAGUAGCCUGCAACCAUGUGAAAUGCCCAAAACUGAUGUACAUCCAGGUCUUGCUUGAAGCUGUUAAUGGGAUUGGGGAGGCCCGAAAAACCCAUUCCAGGCUUUUUUCUUCUUCUAACACUUGGCAUUUUGAAUCAUACUCAGACACAGAAGCAGGCCCGGAGUGAGAUCUCAGCUUCGAAGAUAAAGACGGAAGAUAAAGACGGGCUAGAUUAAGAUGGAAAGGAGUGAUUUUUUUUAGAUUCUUCUGACCAUAACCUCCCUUGUUUCCCAUCUGGUGCCCGCAGGGAAUAGGUAGCGACCACCUGGCCCUGGCCUGCGACUUCGUCUUCACCGAAAAGCACACUGAGCUGGGCCAAACAGCACCGGGCAAAUGA